AUAAGCCAGCGCUGGGCUCGUUAGCAACUUCAACAGCAGCAGCAUUCUCGGCGCAAAUGAGUCAAAUGGGACGCAUCAACGAGAGAGGCAGCAGCAGCAGCAACAACAACAACUCGGAAAUAAAUGCGCAAAUAAAUGGCGGCCAUUUAUCUCCCCGGGCUGCCGACGUUAAUGGUAGUGCACUACCAGUGCUGCUGCUGGGAAAGUCAUCUGCCAAGGCUGAAAAGUUGACCUUUUUGGACGACGAAGAGGAAGAGGAUGAGAAGGAGGUAAAGAAGAGGUCCUCAACUUCUGCUGCUGAAGAAGAAGGAAAAGUAGGAAAAAGCUUUCAAGAGCUAGGUCGGCGCCUCGAGGCGGAGAUUUCCACGCUGAAAGCGGCGUUUCGCAGUGAGAUGACCGCCUCAAAGAAAACAACCACCGACCUUCUGACCUCCUUCAAGGCGGAUCUCGGUGGACAGGUGGCUGAGCUGAAGGGCAAAGUAGAGGGGGACCGAGCGGACAUUCGUUUUCUCGGCGAGCGCCUCGAUCAGCUGUGGACUAGUUUAAAAACGGUGGAGCGAGCUGUUGAGGAAAGUCGCUCAAGAUUUGAAGAAAAAGAAAGGGAAAAGAAGGAAGAAAACCAGGAGGAAAUUUUGGAGAGGCUGCUGGAGAAGGCUUUGAAGGAAAGAAAGCGAUUAGAUGGUGAAAGUGAUGGACACUUUGGUCAAAAGGUGCUCGAAGAGAAACUCAGCUCGGCGCAGGCGGAAAAUGGCCGACAGUUUUCGGCGCUUCGAGAGACGAUAAACGCAAAAGUGGCCGAGGUAAAGAGAACUUCAAUGGAAAACUCCCGAAUGGCCGCUGAAGAGCUGAGAGAGGAUCUGCUGAAGGAGCUGGCCAGUGGGCAGCGGGAGUUGCGGGUUCAGUUUCAGCAGCAAUCGAGGGAAGAUGGCAAACGGUUGAGAGCUGCUCUGAGCGAAGAAAUGGAGCAACGGAUCGGUGAAGAGCUAGGUCGGCGGAUGAAAAAGAAUGCUGAAGAGGAAGAAAAGAGGAGUUCAGGAGUUCAAGUUGAAUCGAUUCUGGAGCAGCAGCUUCAUCAGAUGGAG